AUGGAGGGAAUCCAGACUCACCCAGCCACUGCCGCGCAGGCCAAGGCAUUUACUGCCCCAGGCUCUCUCUCGUUCCCGGGAGCUGCCGGUGAGCUCACUCCCCCCUCUUACGAGGCGAAUGGCCAGCAAGCCGCAAAUGCCGGCGCCAUGCAGGUCGCGAACGGUACCGGGGUGACUCCCGCCACACCUGCUGCGACCCCAGCUGCCGUUCAAGGUGGAAGUGGUUUGACUCCUACGUUGCAAAACAUUGUCGCCACUGUCAACCUCGAGUGUCGCUUGGACCUCAAGACUAUUGCACUCCACGCGCGAAAUGCUGAGUAUAACCCUAAGCGUUUCGCCGCCGUCGUCAUGCGCAUUCGCGAACCCAAGACUACUGCUCUUAUUUUCGCGUCUGGCAAGAUGGUUGUUACUGGAGCAAAGUCCGAGGAUGACUCGAAGCUUGCUUCUCGCAAGUAUGCGCGAAUUAUCCAGAAGCUUGGCUUCAAUGCCAAGUUCAGUGACUUCAAGAUCCAGAACAUUGUCGGCAGCUGCGACAUUAAAUUCCCUAUCCGUCUCGAGGGCUUGGCCUCUCGCCAUCACAAUUUCAGCUCUUACGAGCCUGAGUUGUUCCCCGGUCUUAUCUACCGUAUGAUCAAGCCUAAGAUUGUUCUCUUGAUCUUCGUCAGUGGCAAGAUUGUCUUGACUGGUGCCAAGGUCCGCGAGGAGAUUUAUCAAGCUUUCGAGAUGAUCUACCCGGUGUUGCAAGAUUUCCGCAAGGUCUAA